UGACCCUUUUUAGUGAUGUAAUAAAAAAAGGAAGACAAUGUGUAUAGGUUAAGCAAAAGACAGCUAUAUAUAGAAAACACAGAGAGAGAGACAAAAGGAAGAAGAAGAAGAAGAAGAAGAAGAAGAUGGGGCUACAAGGUCAGCUAAGUGACGUCUCUUCCGAUUCAAUCCCUCUUAUGCUCCUCUCUCUCCUCGCCGUAUUCAUCAACCAUCUCCGAUCUUUUCUUCUCCGUCUCACCGCUAAUUCUUCAAACCCUAACCUCCCCGUCGACGACGUCUCGAUAGCGUCGGGGCUAGCCAACAUCAUCGUCCUCGCGGAUCAGCUGAGCUUGAAUAGGCUCUUCUCGUACCGGUGCGACGGAAACGGAGGAGGAGGAUCUGAGGAUUGCGUGGUGUGUCUGUCGAAACUGAAGGAAGGUGAAGAGGUGAGGAAGCUGGAAUGUCGACACGUGUUCCACAAAGAGUGUUUGGAAGGAUGGCUUCACCAUCUCAAUUUCACUUGUCCUCUCUGUAGAUCUGCUUUGGUCUCUGACGCUUGCGUCUCCAAAACGCAGCGUCGCGUCGGGAGGGAUUUGAUCUCUUGUUUCUCUCUCCACUGAGUGUCAGAGACGGCGGUGAUUGAUUCUCUCACCUUCUCUCAAUCCUCGUCCCCAUCCGAGAGAUCUACGGUGGCUGGCCACGCACGCGCGCGCGCCCCUUCUUUUCUCGGAUCUUUUUUUUUUUUGAGGCCUCUCUCUCUCUCUCUCUCUCUCUCUGUGGGAGAAGACCUUUUGUUUGGUUUUUUUUUCUUACUUUUCGAUUUCGUUAUGUAAAUUUUGAAUAUACAAAUUUUCACCGUUUGUAUCUUUUGUCUUCAUUUUGAGGUAUAUAGAUUGAGAAGAUAUAUGAAUUAUGUUUCAUUUGAA